AUGCUUGAGGAAGCUCUCUCGGAGCAAAAGGAGAUGAGGAGCAAGAUCAAACAACUGACUCAGAGGCUGGAGAACUCAGAAAAACACCAGAAGAUGCAAGACAGCCAGAUAGCCCAGAUAGCUCAGUCCGUCUCAAGAGCACAGGGCACAUUCCCAGGGAAGCCAGAUUUAAAUUCGGUGGAACAUUGCAAUCGCAUUGAGCUGCGGAGCGGACGUACUGUGGGAAACCCUCAAAUCAUCACUCAGAUGGAGCUUGACUCAGAAAAGGAACCAACUCUCUUAAUGCCCAAUCAGACUCAAAACAGGGAUGGAGAAGAGGGUACUAAAAAGAUUGGAGAACCUUGUCAGACUACACCACAGAAUCAGAUGAUCUCGUUUCCUCAGAAGCUUAUAGCAUCCCAAAAGGAUGAAGAAUUUCACCGGUUUCUGAAAAAUGUUAAAGAGAUUUGCGUUGAGAUACCACUGUUAGAUGCGUUGUACUAG